CAAGAGAUAUGUCGUCUGCUGGCAACGAACACGUAGUUUUUUCUCUCUGCAUUUGACUUAAGUUUCUUACUUUUUAGCGUAAAUUUAGACGGAAAACGGUACUGUACUUGACCAGGAGUUAUUUCUGAGAUAUUUGUGUAGCUGUCACUAACGUGAAAGAGUCCAAGACGACAUCAUGCCUGCCGUUUUGUCAGCAUAUGAGAUUCAGCGCCUGAAGAACAUCGAGGAGAACAAGCAAGUCUUGAAAGACUUGGGCCUUUUCAAACCGUUUCAGCUCGUACCCAAGAACGUCAAGAAACGGCCAAGACAACACAAACGCAAGCAAUCCUCAGACAGUCCAGCCUUCAAGAAAGUCAGGGUACAGGAGAGACCUGGUUUGGGAGAUGACGGGGGCAGCUCGUUUGCCACAGGGGUGCGCAAAUCUCGACGUCUCACAGGCCUCAAACCACCAAGCGCUGAGGAUGUGGACAUUGAGCUAUCUAAAGUGGAUCCUGACGCAGACUACAAACCUAAGCCAGUAAGGAGGGAAAAUACCUUCGGUGCAAUUCCAGGGGUGGAAGUCGGUCGAGAAUGGAUGAUGAGACUUGACUGCUCUCGUGACGGCAUCCACCGCCCAACGGUUGCUGGCAUCCAUGGAAAUGAAGAGGAGGGGUGCUACUCUUUGGCAUUGUCGGGCGGCUAUGAGGAUGACUUGGACCUGGGAGAGUGCUUUACAUACACUGGGGAAGGAGGACGUGACUUAAAGGGCACCAGAGCCAACCCCAAGAACCUACGCACUGCACCCCAGUCAAGGGACCAGAGACUAACUAGAGGAAACCUUGCGCUAACGAGGAACGUUGAGUUCAAGCGUCCAGUGAGAGUGAUCCGAGGCUACAAGCUGGACAGCCCAUAUGCACCAGAGGAUGGCUACAGAUAUGAUGGUCUGUACAUGGUUGAGAAAUACUGGUUCACCACAGGCCUUUCCAGCCAUGGUGUGUACAAGUUUGCCCUCCGCCGUUGCACUGAUCAAGCACCACCCUCCUGGGAAGUGGAAGAGCCCAACAGCCCCGGGAAGAAGUCUGACAGUGCAUACAGUAGCCAAUCAGAGAGGGACAUCAGUGAUUUUGGGAGCGAACAGGAUAAGGAUAUGGAUGGUAGCGACACGUCGGAGCUUUCCCCUGCCAGCAGCCCCGCCCCAAUCCAAGAACCCUCCUCCCCCACCCCCAAAGAUGACCAAGGUGUAGAACAGAUCACUCACGAAAAUGUUACCAUGGAAACAACCAGUAACGAGUGAGUCUAUUGUUUCUAUGACGUCACUAAAAUUGUACAUACUUUUAUUUUUUACUUUCUUAUAAAUUCUACUCAGUGAUUAAUUUUAAACAUUUGCCAAAUUUGUUAUUGAAUUAAAACUCAAAAAUGCAAAGUUUUUAACAACUAUUUAGGAACCAAGAAAUCUGCUCCAUUGAUCAAACACUAGAAUAUGAUAAUAUUUUGGGUAGUUAACUAAUUACAUUUUGUGACUGGUACCCUUGAGAUAUUUUAGUAAUAUUUUAUUGAAUUUCUGUUAUUGAAUUUCUGUUAUGGAAUAUUGAACGUUUUUUACUUCACAGUUUAUGAAAGUUGGCCCAGAUCGUUUUUAGUUGUUUAGGAGCUGUUGUAUUUUGCCUGCCUUUAAAUUCUGUGGCCCCUGCUUUGAAUCCUCUAUGUCAUAAGAGAAUGACUGAUCAUGAACUUACUAACUAACUAAGUACCAGCCCGCAACUCACAGUCAACCCUCCUACUGUCUGAUCUUUCAAUAUCAAUUCAACUGUAGUUUUUUAAUGAUAAGUAUUGCCAGUCUGCAUUAUGAUAUCAUGUGUUAAAUGUAUCUAAACAGCACACAGUCAACCCUCCUACUGUCUGACCAUUCAAUAUUGUCCUCUGUGGUUUUGAAUGAUGUCCGACUGCACCCUGAUAUCGAGUGAUAAAUGCAUCGACACAAUACUUGCAAAGUUGUGUCACAGUGCACCAACUGAUGUAUUUGAAUUGUUUGAAAUGGCUUUAGAAAAACUGACUGGAAAAUUUCAUCAAGAGAAGGCGGUUUUAUUAAAAUAUUUAAAUAAUUUUGGUGUUCUACUUUGCUUCGUUAUACUAACAUAUUAUUAGAAACUAACCACCUCUGUACCUACUACUAGCUUUAUAGACAUUUUAAACAGUAAAUUUUAUAAAUUCUCAUUAGUUGAUGUAGUUCUAAAUUUGUCUUUAAAGAAAUGUUUUGAACAUAAA